AUGGCGGAUUCGGCUCGUGCGAUCUCGGCUUUUAUCACUACGUUCGGGCUCUCCGAGUGGAAUUGGUUGCCUUUCGGAUUGAAGAAUGCACCUCAGAUCUUCCAACAGCUAGUCGACAAUGCACCAUAUGAUCCCAAGAUCUGA